UCGUUAGUUAAUGUUAACAUUUCGGGAAGCGAACUCGUUUGAGAAGUUUGAAUAUUGCAGUUUAUCGACAAUAUCCACUUUGUGUAGAUUGAAGGAUUAAGAAUAAAUAUAAUUAUUUCUUUAAAACGUGCGAUAUAAUCAGGCUUACAUUAAAAACAGUUUUGUGAAAUACACCUGAAGUCAGAUAGAUAUCAAAAUGCAAAUUUUCGUCAAAACACUUACGGGUAAAACCAUCACCUUAGAAGUUGAAGCUUCAGACACCAUUGAGAAUGUGAAAGCAAAGAUCCAGGACAAAGAGGGAAUCCCACCAGACCAGCAACGUUUGAUCUUUGCUGGCAAGCAACUGGAAGAUGGUCGCACUCUGUCGGACUACAACAUCCAAAAGGAGUCCACACUUCACCUUGUACUCCGUCUGCGUGGUGGCAUGCAGAUCUUUGUGAAGACCCUAACAGGGAAGACCAUCACUUUGGAGGUUGAAGCUUCAGAUACCAUUGAGAAUGUGAAAGCAAAGAUCCAGGACAAAGAGGGAAUCCCACCAGACCAGCAGCGCCUUAUCUUUGCUGGCAAGCAACUGGAAGAUGGUCGCACACUGUCAGACUACAACAUCCAGAAGGAGUCCACACUUCACCUUGUACUCCGUCUGCGUGGUGGCAUGCAGAUCUUUGUGAAGACCCUAACAGGGAAGACCAUCACUUUGGAGGUUGAAGCUUCAGACACCAUUGAGAAUGUGAAAGCAAAGAUCCAGGACAAAGAGGGAAUCCCACCAGACCAGCAGCGCCUUAUCUUUGCUGGCAAGCAACUGGAAGAUGGUCGCACUCUGUCAGACUACAACAUCCAAAAGGAGUCCACACUUCACCUUGUACUCCGUCUGCGUGGUGGCAUGCAGAUCUUUGUGAAGACCCUAACAGGAAAGACCAUCACUUUGGAAGUUGAAGCUUCAGACACCAUUGAAAAUGUGAAAGCAAAGAUCCAGGACAAAGAGGGAAUUCCACCAGACCAGCAACGUUUGAUCUUUGCUGGCAAGCAACUGGAAGAUGGUCGCACUCUGUCAGACUACAACAUCCAAAAGGAGUCCACACUUCACCUUGUACUCCGUCUGCGUGGUGGCAUGCAAAUCUUUGUGAAGACCCUAACUGGAAAGACCAUCACUUUGGAAGUUGAAGCUUCAGACACCAUUGAAAAUGUGAAAGCAAAGAUCCAGGACAAAGAGGGAAUCCCUCCAGACCAGCAGCGCUUAAUCUUUGCUGGCAAGCAACUGGAAGAUGGUCGCACUCUGUCAGACUACAACAUCCAAAAGGAGUCCACACUUCACCUUGUACUCCGUCUGCGUGGUGGCAUGCAGAUCUUUGUGAAGACCCUAACAGGGAAGACCAUCACUUUGGAGGUUGAAGCUUCAGACACCAUUGAGAAUGUGAAAGCAAAGAUCCAGGACAAAGAGGGAAUCCCACCAGACCAGCAGCGCCUUAUCUUUGCUGGCAAGCAACUGGAAGAUGGUCGCACUCUGUCAGACUACAACAUCCAAAAGGAGUCCACACUUCACCUUGUACUCCGUCUGCGUGGUGGCAUGCAAAUCUUUGUGAAGACCCUAACAGGAAAGACCAUCACUUUGGAAGUUGAAGCUUCAGACACCAUUGAAAAUGUGAAAGCAAAGAUCCAGGACAAAGAGGGAAUCCCUCCAGACCAGCAGCGCUUAAUCUUUGCUGGCAAGCAACUGGAAGAUGGUCGCACUCUGUCAGACUACAACAUCCAAAAGGAGUCCACACUUCACCUUGUACUCCGUCUGCGUGGUGGCAUGCAGAUCUUUGUGAAGACCCUAACAGGAAAGACCAUCACUUUGGAAGUUGAAGCUUCAGACACCAUUGAAAAUGUGAAAGCAAAGAUCCAGGACAAAGAGGGAAUUCCACCAGACCAGCAACGUUUGAUCUUUGCUGGCAAGCAACUGGAAGAUGGUCGCACUCUGUCAGACUACAACAUCCAAAAGGAGUCCACACUUCACCUUGUACUCCGUCUGCGUGGUGGCAUGCAGAUCUUUGUGAAGACCCUAACAGGAAAGACCAUCACUUUGGAAGUUGAAGCUUCAGACACCAUUGAAAAUGUGAAAGCAAAGAUCCAGGACAAAGAGGGAAUUCCACCAGACCAGCAACGUUUGAUCUUUGCUGGCAAGCAACUGGAAGAUGGUCGCACUCUGUCAGACUACAACAUCCAAAAGGAGUCCACACUUCACCUUGUACUCCGUCUGCGUGGUGGCAUGCAGAUCUUUGUGAAGACCCUAACAGGAAAGACCAUCACUUUGGAAGUUGAAGCUUCAGACACCAUUGAAAAUGUGAAAGCAAAGAUCCAGGACAAAGAGGGAAUCCCACCAGACCAGCAACGUUUGAUCUUUGCUGGCAAGCAACUGGAAGAUGGUCGCACUCUGUCAGACUACAACAUCCAAAAGGAGUCCACACUUCACCUCGUACUCCGUCUGCGUGGUGGCAUGCAGAUCUUUGUGAAGACCCUAACAGGAAAGACCAUCACUUUGGAAGUUGAAGCUUCAGACACCAUUGAAAAUGUGAAAGCAAAGAUCCAGGACAAAGAGGGAAUUCCACCAGACCAGCAACGUUUGAUCUUUGCUGGCAAACAACUGGAAGAUGGUCGCACUCUGUCAGACUACAACAUCCAAAAGGAGUCCACACUUCACCUUGUACUCCGUCUGCGUGGUGGCAUGCAGAUCUUUGUGAAGACCCUAACUGGAAAGACCAUCACUUUGGAAGUUGAAGCUUCAGACACCAUUGAGAAUGUGAAAGCAAAGAUCCAGGACAAAGAGGGAAUCCCACCAGACCAGCAGCGCCUUAUCUUUGCUGGCAAGCAACUGGAAGAUGGUCGCACUCUGUCAGACUACAACAUCCAGAAGGAGUCCACACUUCACCUUGUACUCCGUCUGCGUGGUGGCAUGCAGAUCUUUGUGAAGACCCUAACAGGAAAGACCAUCACUUUGGAAGUUGAAGCUUCAGACACCAUUGAAAAUGUGAAAGCAAAGAUCCAGGACAAAGAGGGAAUUCCACCAGACCAGCAACGUUUGAUCUUUGCUGGCAAACAACUGGAAGAUGGUCGCACUCUGUCAGACUACAACAUCCAAAAGGAGUCCACACUUCACCUUGUACUCCGUCUGCGUGGUGGCAUGCAGAUCUUUGUGAAGACCCUAACUGGAAAGACCAUCACUUUGGAAGUUGAAGCUUCAGACACCAUUGAGAAUGUGAAAGCAAAGAUCCAGGACAAAGAGGGAAUCCCACCAGACCAGCAGCGCCUUAUCUUUGCUGGCAAGCAACUGGAAGAUGGUCGCACUCUGUCAGACUACAACAUCCAGAAGGAGUCCACACUUCACCUUGUACUCCGUCUGCGUGGUGGCAUGCAGAUCUUUGUGAAGACCCUAACUGGAAAGACCAUCACUUUGGAAGUUGAAGCUUCAGACACCAUUGAGAAUGUGAAAGCAAAGAUCCAGGACAAAGAGGGAAUCCCACCAGACCAGCAGCGAUUAAUCUUUGCUGGCAAGCAACUGGAAGAUGGUCGCACUCUGUCAGACUACAACAUCCAAAAGGAAUCAACCUUGCAUUUGGUUCUGCGUCUCAGAGGUGGUAAUUAAAUAGUGAAAUGUUAACAUUAAUUACUGUAAAUUCAAGUUUCAGUUCAGUUUUUUUUUGGCUUCAAUGUACUUGACAUAUUCAAAACAUUUAAGUAAGCAUUCCAAUCGAAAUUCAAUAAAGUUGUACCUGUCUUAA